UAUACGCUAUACGACAGUUUAGAUAUUUUAUACUCAUUGACUAAAAUAUUAUAUGUGUAAUGUAUCGUAAUCUAUUGUAUGAACUUGUGUGAAUUUGUGUGCAUCAUGAAAUUUCGAUUAACUCCAUUAAUUUAUAAUAAAUGUAAGAGCAUUGUCCUUCAAGACACCAGAAAUUAUGCGGGUCAUAGCAAGUGGCAGAAUAUUAAACAUGCUAAGCAGGCAAACGAUAUGGCAAGAUCGAAAUUAUUUCGUAUGUUAACUAACAAAAUGAGGGCUACGAUAGCAGAGACCGGAGUUUCAGAUCCAGUUAAAAAUACGAAAUUACAACAACUUAUCAAUCAAGCUAGAGGUGUAGAUAUGCCAUUGGCUACCAUAAACUCAGCUUUAAAUAAGAUGAAGAAUAAAGAAAACUUUCGCUUUGAGAUAAUCGUAAUUCGUACUCCAAGUAAAUGCACAUUAGUGUUACACGUUAACACUGACAAUAUUGUUAGAACAAAAUCACAUAUUAAUGGUCUAAUAAAAAAAGCCAAUUCUAAAUAUGUAGAUGCUUCAGCACUCCAGAUGUUUGAAUGUCUAACUAUAAUCAUAGCUUCGAAAAACUGUAAUUUAGAUCAAGCAAUGGAAGAUGCAAUCCAAAUUAAUUCACAAGAUGUUGAAGAAGUACAAGACGAUGAUAAAACAUAUUUUCAGUUCAAAUGCGACUUUCUAUCGUCUGAUAAGAGUAAAACCCAGCUAAUGAAUUUGGGUUAUUCUAUAAUUUCAAUAGAAGAUACAUGUAUACCUCAAACUACCAUUGAAUUAAACGAGGACGAGCUUAAUAAUGUAAAUAAACUAAAGGAAAAACUUAUACUUGUAGAUGGAGUUGAGAAAAUAGAGGAUAACAUAGAGGAAUCUUGAAUUAAAAUUAAUCCUUAUAGAAUGAAACAAAUAUUUACUAAAUUGUCAAUCCUUUCUUGUAAAUAUACUUUAUAAAAUAAUUAUUAUUAUCUUUUAUUAUUGUCUGUAAAAAAUUAGCAUCGGCUCAAACUAAAUAAAAUAUUCUGUAUAAUUACA